GUAGCUAUUGUCCUAUAACUAACAAGAGCGGGAAGCUGUAGCUUCAUUCUAGCUAUUCUUCGCCAGCCCUUACACUCCCGUCUCACUCUGUGUAGUUAUUUCUUAUCAGCGUCUUCUGAACAUAAUCUUGGUCCUGUUUUGACUUCUAGGACUCCUUCAUCCUGCGUGUCUUCUUUCUCUGCUGUCAACAAGAUCGUGCGCGAUUAUAGUUAAAACGUUGAAGGAGAUUACUGCCACGCCUGUUGCGAUGGGAAAGACAAGAUAUUCUGGAAACAGGUCUCUUGGUGCAGCCAGCGACAACGAUGGUGAGUCGGCUCAAUGCAGCAGGAGCAGUAACACCAGUGUAAGCCGAAGAGAACCUGUGCAGUCAACCAGCGGCAGCAGCAACAGCAGCAGCAGUAGCAUCAACCCUGGGCAGAAGGACAACAACGCCAUGCGCGCUCUCUAUGCUGUUAGCUACUCAUACGGUGCAGACGACGACGAGGAUGAGAGCGAUGGAGAUGACAACGAAUCAGUUUGCUCCACCGACAGCCUCAUGGUUGCUUGCAGCGACGUUGAGAAAGAAGAAGAGGAGGAUGAAGAGGACUUGGAUGUGCCAAAAACAAAGACCAAUCGCAAUCAUUCAGUGUCGCACCACCGCAUCGCUAUUGCUAAAUCCAGUAGAAACAACAGUGAAAGUAACACACGCCGCAGCAAGAAUGGACGGCGUUCCCAGUUCCAACUCCAAACUCCGCAAGCAGCCAGCAGCGCAGCAGUGUUCACAACUUGCACGCCACCAGAGACCCCGGAAAGCUCCACUAGUCGUCGUACGCUCUCGCAGCAUUCACUCCACUCACCUGGCAAGCCUGGAGGUGCCUUCGAAAGGCACGCAGCCGCAGGCAUGCCCGCACCUUCUCAGACUACAUCUUCGGUACGUUCAUCCCCCACGCCUGCACACGCGACGACAUCAAUGGGUGGAACUCAGCAUCACCCGACAGUGCUUACGGUCCUGGGAGGAACUGCCCACGCGACUACCAUCUCUUCAAACGCAGCCAGUAACAUGCUGUCUCCGCCCGCGUCCCCGCAAGAACGUCUGAUGAGAGAGUACGCCCAUAGGCACGCCGAGGCAGCAGCGGCAGCCGCAGCAUCAGGAGGACUUCAGGUCUCACCACAACAGUUGAUCGCAGCCCAACAACAACAUUUGCACCAGCAACAGCAGCAACAGCAGCAACAGCAGCAACAACAGCAACAGCAGCGCCAUCAUCCGUACGCUGAGUACAUGGCACAACACGCUCGGCAUCUAGAGCAGAUGCAAAUGAUGGCAGCGAGUUCAGCACACGCACAACAGCAGUAUCAGCAACAUCUCCAACAGCACGGAGUCCCGAUGCAGGUUUUGCCACAGGGGGCUAUUCCAAUGACCGUGGAGCAUCCGGGCGUGCAGUAUCCCCAGCCAGGCCAGUUCUACCCCCACCACCACCCCGGUCAGGGUCUCCAAUACUCCCCCACGCAAUGUCCUACAGGUGCAAAUGACGUCACAGUUAUGCAUCCCCACCAUAUGCACGGUACCGGAAUCACAUCCCACUCAGCAUAUCCAGCAGCACAUCCCCAUGCUUUGGUUUCUCAUGGUGGCGAGCAGGCAGCAGCGGCGGCGGCAGCAGCAGCAGCUCAACACCCACAGUACGCCAUGCACCCGCAAAGCGCUGUGUACGCUGCGCCCUGCUUUGGACCAAUGGCUCCUUCUUCCGGUCCCGGACAAAUCCCUCAGGCCUGCUGGAUCCCUCCGCCAGGUGGAGUCAAGAGUCCCGGAUCCGGGUCAGAUAAACCUGUCCCCGGGGAGAACCUACCCACCCCGGACGAGUCUAGUGCGAGUAGUAAGGGUGCAGUCACUCCGGGGCAAGCAUCCAGUGAUGCAGCACCGUCUCCAUCGCCCAAGGAACUGCAGGACUUCGUGGCACAUUUCAAGGAGCGGCGCACGAAGCUAGGCUAUACGCAGACAGAUGUGGGAGUGGAGCUUCGUAGCGUGUACGGUGCUGAGUUCAGUCAGGCAACCAUCUGUCGCUUCGAAUCCCUGCAGCUCGGCUACGAAAACCUCUGCCGCUGGAAAGCAAUGCUCACCGAGUGGUUGGUGAUCGCGGAGAAGCGCGGGCCAGCCUGGAAUCAAUCCCACGAUAGCUUAGCGCAGCGCAAGCGGCGGCGGCGCACCACACUGGGCCCGUCGGAAAAGGCCGCGCUGGAGCGGCGAUUUCUGGAGGACGACUCGCCCACUUCUGACAUCAUGGCUUCCAUUGGUCAAGAGCUGGGACUGGACAAGCAAGUCGUGCGUACCUGGUAUUGUAACCAGCGUCAGAAGGUCAAACGAAUGCGAGUCUUUGGUACCUAUGGCGACAACAGCUGUUCGCUCGCCAGCGAAUCAGCACCAGCCAAUGGUGAUACACACGUAAUCAAAGAAGCAGUUGAAGUAAACUAAAGAACAAUGUGUACUACAGUGGAAUAUAUCAGAACUUGUCAGCCAUUCAGAGAAGAGUUUGCAAUGGCCGAGAACACAUUGGACCAGUGGAAGGAAACCUAUUAAUUUUGAAUAGUUAGAUCCGAUAUCAAUCUGUUUGAGACUGUGGAUCUACUGCGCAGUGAAAACACCGCCAUUGAUCUCUUGCCCUACACACCUUCUUCUCCAUUAGCAGAGAGUAACUUACUUGACUGCCUUUGACAGCUACUCACGCUGAGUUUUAAAUGAUGGUACAACCCCAACAGCUAACUUUCGUGGAAGUUUUUAAUCAACACGGAACACGGAAUAUGUACAUGUAUGUUGCUAAGGUGAUUGCGCGAACCAAUAGAAAGGUUUUAGUCACCCCGUCGUGUUUAUAAUUAUCGUCACGAUCCUAUGAUCCUUGAUUGUCGAGUCUAUUUCACAUUUCCCGUUCUCCCCACGCCAUUUCCAGUUGACAAUGAUGGUGUCCAUCAAAAUUACAUGUCUAAUGGUCUAUAUCACUAUUAUGUUCCAGUGCAAUCCUUCGCUGGCAUCUGG